UUGCUUGUUUAAAAAGUAGGGGUGUUACCUUGUCUGUGCUUAGCCACUGCAGUAGAUGCUAGAAUGCAACCCCGAAUCAAACGCCACAGUUUUUCUGCACCCGAGGGCAGCUUGCUGUCUUUAUCUGCGCUGUCCAGCACCGUAUGGUCACCUGUGGCCAUUUAUAUUUAAAUUAAUUUAAAUUCAGUGAAAGUAAAAAUUCAGUCCAUCGGUUGCACCGGCCACAUUGCAGGCAUUCAGCAGCCACCUGAGCCUCGUGAGUACUGACCAUAUUGGACAGUGUGGAUAUAGACCGUGUCCACUGUCAGGGAAAGUUCCACCAGACAGUGCUACUCUGCAUAAACAAUCAAAUAGUUAAUACUUAUCCAAGCAAGAUAAUGAAGUCUGGGCAAAGCGUACUGAAGGAAGAAUAGAGUUCCAUGAUAGAGGGACUCCAGGGUGCAGAGGGCAGCCCAGGAGAGGUCUCUCUCUCUCUGCAAGGAGGCAGCAUUUUUGCCAAGACUGUCACGAUGGCCCGAGUGAGGUCAUGCCGGGGGAGGGGACAGCACAUGGAAAGGCCGUGAGGCUGGAAGGAUGGCUGACGUGGUGCGAAUAAAAUGCACACAGAAAGGACCAGAGCAGUAUAAGACGUAGGUUAAGGAGAGAGGCGGGACCCAGGCCCGGAAGGGCCUUGCACGUCAUAGUAAGUCACCUUGACAACGUCUUACUGGGUUCAGCCACCACCCAGAUGGGCACACACCUGGGGCAGGAGAGCAUAUACACACACAUGGGGCAGGUGAGCACACACUUGGAACAGGUGAACACACACACACACCUAGGGCAGGUGAGAACAUAUCUGGGGCAGGUGAGCACACACACCUGGGCCAGGUGAGUGCACACUUACCUGGGCCAGGUAAGAACAUACCUGGAUCAGGUGAGCACAUUACACACGCCCAGGCCAGGUAAGCACACACACCUGGGCCAGGUGAGAACGUACCUGGGGCAGGUGAGCACUACAUACCUGGGCCAGGUGAGCUCACACAUACUUGAAGUAAAUUAGAAUAUACCUGGGGCAGGUGGGCACAUACAUGCACCUGGGGCAGGUGAGAACAAACCUAGGGCAGGUGAGCACAUUACACACACCUGGGCCAGGUAAGCACACACAUCUGGGCCAGGUGAGAACAUAUCUGGGGCAGGUGAGCACAUGUGGCAGGUGAGCACCUCUAAGGGCUCUGCGAGGGGCAGGGUGGUCAAGACGGCAGACCAUAGGGCCACAGGCGGAAGGUUAAAUGCAUGUGAACUGUUUGUUGUCAGACUUUGGAAUGACCAGAGACAUCUACGAAACGGAUUACUACCGGAAAGGGGGCAAGGGCCUGCUCCCCGUACGGUGGAUGGCACCGGAGUCCCUGAAGGACGGGGUGUUUACCGCUUCUUCCGACAUGUGGUCCUUUGGCGUGGUCCUUUGGGAAAUCACCAGCUUGGCGGAGCAGCCUUACCAAGGCCUGUCUAACGAACAGGUGUUAAAAUUCGUCAUGGAUGGGGGAUAUCUGGAUCAACCUGAAAACUGUCCAGAGAGAGUCACCGACCUGAUGCGCAUGUGUUGGCAGUUCAACCCCAAAAUGCGGCCGACCUUCUUGGAGAUCGUCAACCUGCUCAAGGACGACCUGCACCCCAGCUUCCCAGAGGUGUCCUUCUUCCACAGCGAGGAGAACAAGGCCCCCGAGAGCGAGGAGCUGGAGAUGGAGUUCGAGGACAUGGAGAGUGUGCCCCUGGACCGGUCCUGUCAGAGGGAGGAGGCGGGGAGCCGGGAGGGAGGGUCCUCGCUGGGCCUCAAGCGGAACUACGAGGAGCACACCCCCUACACCCACAUGAACGGGGGCAAGAAGAACGGGCGGAUUCUGACCCUGCCUCGGUCCAAUCCCUCCUAACGGUGCCGCCCGGGCUGGGGAAAGGGUUCUCAGCGCCCGCUUUCCUCCGGGCUGAACGCCUCCAGAAAACUCAGGUCUCUCACGGCUCUACCACGACGUCGAACGGAGCUCGGAGAUGGUUCCUACGCACUUCUGCUCCCUUGGGACUCCAGGACACGCUGGUCACCGGUCGGAGGAUUUAACUGUGAACCCAGAGGGGGCGUGUUUCCACGGCUGCUGCUCUUUGGGCAAUGACAGUUUCAAACCAGGAUGUCUUCUGUCUCUUUUUUCUCUUCUUUUUCUAGUAGAUCGAAAGAAAGCACCUGUUUUUACAAAGAUUUUUUUUUUUUUUGCUGGCGUCUGAGCUACAGUAUAAAAGAUAAAAACCUCUUGUUUGUGGAACAGAGGUCUGAAAGGAAAAUACAAAAACAACACAGCCCUGGUUCCAGGAAAAAUUCCAAGCUUUACAAGGGUGAGCUUCAAGAAGGUUUGUUUUUUGUUUUUGUUUUUGUUUUUGUUUUGUCCUCAUCCAGGCUGAAGGAUUUUUGUUUUUUUUCUUCAUCUUCUUUACAAAGUCAGUUCCUCAGAUUGACCAAUAGCUGCUGCUUUCAUACUUUGGAUAAAGCGCCCGCAGUCUCGGCGUGUGCUCACGUGUGUAACACGCGUGUGCGUGUGUGUCCAGGUGAGACGCGGCUGGGGUGUGUGCCUGUGCAAAGUAUUCACGCUGGGUUGACGCGGUGGGAACUAGAUCGUGAAAGUUCCGUGCGCACAAACUCAGGACCCUUUCUCUCCUUCCUUCUUAUCCAACCGGGAGACCGUACCCUCAACAGGUUCUUCUUGCGCCAGAAGUCUACCCUCAGGUGUGUCCCCUCCCUUCACGUUGGUGAAAAAAAGAAAACAAAAAUGUUUUCUGGGAGCCAAGGGAGGAGCAUUUAGUUUGGAGUGAUUGUGGAUCUUUUCAAGACCAAACAAAGCCAGGACGUUAAGAAACAAAAAAAUGCAAAAAGAAAAAGGAAAAAAAAAAAAGAGUUCCAAGAAUAUAUUUGUAACAUACUUAAUUUAAAAAAGAAUCUCUGGCAUUAGCUUUGUAAGUUAUUGACUCUAUACCCUGCCGGGGAGGAAGGAGUGGUCGUGAGUUGGUCCACCUGUGUUGGGGGAGGGGAGGACUCGAGGCACCAGUUGGCCCCUUUGUUUGGUCUUAAAGGCAUCCAUUUUCUGGGAAUUAAGCCACAUUAGCUGCUAACCCUUUUGGCCACGUGGAGCACGCGAGAGACUGGGUUCUACGUAUGUUCUGGUUCGGAUACCAAGGUCUGCUGUUCAGAUAAGCUGGUGGCUCCCUGGAGCUGAGCCCGCCUUCAAGAACACCUGUGUCCAUCCUCUGGUCUUUGCGUGUGUUCCUCGCCUGGUGUUUCUUCUCCCAGGUGUGCACGUCCUACAGUCCCCACGCAGACAGGACAAACUCAGAUCCCAAAGAGCGACAGCACGGAUGGACUCUGAGAACACUGAAGCAAUACAAAAGGGAGAGGUGCUGAGAAUAUCUCCUGGUCUCCUCAGGGCCUCUGACUGUCUUCAGUACCGAACUCCCAGUAGCUGCUCUGGGCCCCAGCGACCUCAGGCGGGCCAGGUGUGGUGCCUGAGCAGAACUCUCAGGUGAUGACGAUGUUGCAGUCCCUAAGAGAGGAGAGUCUGGGGGAGAAACCGUUGAAGACCUUCACACUACCGAGAACUUCCGAAUGGGCGUGAACCCGAGACUUCUUCUCUUUGGCCAAAAAAAAAAAACAAAAACAAAAACAAAAACCAACCACAGCUGCUCAAAUAAAGAACACGGUGAACUCAUCACUAUGGUUCAAUCAAAACCAUCACCCAUGGGUUAUUCCUGAAUGCAUUUUCUCACAAGUGUUUGAUUGCUUCCUUCUUAAGAGUUGUGGACUUAAGAACGGGAUAGAGACAUAACGGCAACCUCCGAGUCCCCUCAAUUCUUGAUUAAGAGCACAGGUAGACACCAAUCCCAAUGGUCUAUUGCUAUCUUAUUUAUAUGAUUGGAGAAAUUGCCUAUCACCUAUUGGUGGGGAGCCCCUGUGAUUGGGCACAAGAAGCAAGCGUACAGAAAUUAUUUUUUGCCAAAUUUUUUUUUUUUUUUGUAAAUAGGAAGGUCUGUACGUCAAUUUUAAACAACAACAACAACAGCAAAACCCGUAGCUCUAGGUAUUUUUUUGUUCUUUUCCUAGGCAGUUUGUAGUGGUCGUAGACUACACUAGCAGCAAUUUUCACAUUUUUCUAAUUCAGAAAGGUUUUCUUAUUAUUAGGGGAAAAGUAUUUAUUUUAAUAUAUAAAAUCACUCAAAAUCACUCUGGUAAAAAAUGGAGCGCAUGUACAUUUUUAUCAAAGAAAAAUAAACAGGUGAAUGUGUGGGGUAUUAUUUUUUUUUUUUCAGCACAGUCUACCUCAGUGUAUUGUUAGGAUAUGGUUCAAUAAUAGACAUCUUGGAGACUUCAGAAUUCCCCCUGGAUCCGGUCCAAAUCAGGGAAAAUGUGUAUCAGCUGAUCCCGAAUGCCAGAGACCGGUAGGAAUUUUGAGGGAGGGAGUCGGGAUGGAGAUGUACCCUUCACCUAGGCAUAGACCUUUGUUUUUUUUUGUUUUUUCCUGGCUGGUUAUAGUCUUCUCUGAAUUUAAUCUUCCUUUUUGGUUUUUUUUUUUUUUUUUUUGGUUUUUUGGUUUUUUAUUUAAAUCCUCCAUCUGUUAAUACCACGUACCCCAAACAUAAACCACAUUUCAGGCCAUCGUGAUGUCUCUGAUGUGCACAUGGUCUGCUUUGCUUCCACGAGGGGCCUGUGUCCCCUCUGUGGCUGGCACGAAGGCAGGCUUUGCUGCAAAGCCAGCUUUCCCUCUUGUCCCACUCAACCCCCCUGAAGGGAGCACAGAGGUGCCCUGGGCCCUCCCAUGGUCUGUUCCCACUCUUUUCAGGCCGGUGAUGCUCUUUGGGGCCAGAAUGAACUGUGAUCACGGGCGCGUCACACACAAGCACCCAAUGCGAUGUCUCCUUUUAUGCUCCCGGUGGGAAGGAGGGCGACGGGGGUGGGGGAGGGGAGCAAUUUGGGGAAAUCCCCAUCCAAAACCCACUAAUGUGCUGAAUGCUUUUUUUAGCCGCAAAUCUUGGACCCCGGGCGUUGGGGUUUGGCUGACCUCCAGCUGAGACUGUUUGACCUUGUUUGACUUGUUUGGGAACCCACAGGAGCAUCUAGGCAGGGCUGGCAAGGGCUGUUGUCAUCCUCGCCAAACCUUGCUGCUCUUGUUGCAUUUUUGGGGACUGUCCUUGCAGGCUCAUCCUUCUCCACCUGCCGUGGAGAGAGGGGCAGAGGGGUCGUGCCCACCCUGGGCAAACGAGUUUCACUAAUUUUAUUUGACUGUUCCUACUGCCACCGUGGAACAGAACGAGCAAGCAGCCAUGGGGUCAAAACCCUUCCUUGCCAUUAGAAAAUGCUGCCUUUGUAACAGCAGAACUUUGGUCCUAGAAAGUCAUGAUUGUCCUGGGAGUUUGUACCGAUGGGUUACAAAAAAAAAAAAAAAAA